UGUCAUGUGAAAAUAUCACUGCUACGGGCUGGAGUAAGUGUGAGCGUGAACCCCAAGACACUGCAGACGUUGUAUGGACAUGACUUAGAAGUGGCAGCCGUUCACAUAUCUACAGAGCUGGAUCUGGUUGUCUCAGCAUCAAAGGUACCACUACAAUUUUCUCCCUAAUGCUAUUAUUACAAUGCUCUAAUUCAGUGGUUUCCAACUUUUUUGACUUGUUGGGCCCUUUUUAGAAUCAAUAUUUCUAUGGUGGAGCCUACCCUAUUUCAACUACAGUUUCAUUUAAUUUUUAUUUAUUUAUUUUGUUGAGCAGCCUCUGAAAUUUGUACAGUUAGUACUUAGGGCUCUGCUGAGCAUAGUUCCUACAAUAAACUCAACAUUACUCAAUUACUUUAAUUAACUCAACAACAUUGCUUCAAUAAACUCAACAUAUUUACUUCAUUAAACUCAACAUAGUUACUUCAAUAAACUCAACACAGUUACUUCAAUGAACUUAACAUAGUUACUUCAAUCCACUCAAUAGCAUAACUUCAAUAAACUCAAAAUAGGUUACUUAAUAAACUCGGCACAGUUACUACAAAUUUUCAAGGCUUUUUCAUAUUUUCCCAGGAUGGAACAGUCAUUCUCCGCACGGUACUGAAAGGUAUACCAUGAUCUUGAGAGCACCAUCACAGCUUGGCUAGACACUGGACAUCCCUCUGAUAUCUGUCUCGGACACUGGUCAGAUUGUGCUGUACUGCUGGAGAUGGAGAAGCAGGCAGGGGAGGAAAGAAAGAGAUGGCAGGUUGGUGCUUAAUGGGUGCUUGUGAAUGACCACAGGAGAAAAACUUUUCCAGAAACACAAACAUUUGUAUUUACUUGUUUCGAUGCCAAGAAAUACUUUGCCUUCAAUAUGUAUUUACUUGUUUGGUUCCAGGAAAAUGUUUGCCUUCCGUACUUUAUCUGUUCCAAGAAUGAAUCAGUGUACUUAAUGUGUUUACUUGUUUAAUUCCAGGAAAGACUUUGCCUCCAUUCGUAUUCAGUCAAGGGCAAACAUUUGUUCAGUGAACCACUCAAGUACAGCCUGGGAGACUUGUGCAUGUCUGGGGACCAUCUCAUCCUGGGCAACACGGCGGGUCAACUCAUUAUGGAGAUCUUGGGU